AUGGCAGGCAAAAUGUUGGCAAAUUUAAAAAUUGGAUUUCUCGGCGCAGGUCGAAUGUCUCAGGCUUUGGUUCGUAGUUUGAUUGAACGUAAUGUUGUUUCGUCGAAAGAUCAAAUCAUGGCGAGUGAUGUCGAUGAGAACCAACGACGAAUCGUCACUUCUCAACUAGGUAUUAAAACAACAGAUGACAAUCGGCAAGUUGUCAAUAAAAGUGAUCUUCUCAUACUGGCUGUUAAACCCAAAGAUGUUGAAGGUGUUCUGAAAGAUAUAAACGAAUCAUUGCUUCCAGAAAACCAUUUACUCGUCUCAAUUGCUGCCGGUAUUCGCACAACAACGAUCGAACAAGCAUUGAAAUCGAAAAGUCGUGUCAUACGUGUCAUGCCUAAUGUUGCUUGUUUAGUUAACGCCAGUUGUAGUGUUUAUUCUGCAGGACAAUCAGCAACUGCAAGUGAUCGAUCGAUGGUAAAUCAAAUAUUUGCUUCCAUCGGUUCAUGUGAAGGCGAAAUCGAAGAAAAUUUACUUAAUGUUGUCACUGCAUUAAGUGGUAGUGGACCAGCGUAUUUUUCUGUUAUAGCUGAAGCGCUUGCUGAUGGUGCAAUGAGUUUGCAAAAAGAACCAUGGGGAGAAUCACUUUUUGACGUAUGUCGUUCGCCUAAAACUUGUUGUUUCGCUACAUGCUGUCCCGAAUGUGUAUUUGGUUACAAUGCUGCUAAUGUAACUGAUGGUUCUUGUUAUGGAUAUUGUUGUGCAUAUCUGGUAUUGAUGCCAUGCGGCUUAUGUGGAAUUGUGCAUAUGCCAAUACGCACUAAAUUACGUGAGAAAUACAAUCUUCAAGAAGAGCCCAGUGAUUGUCUUGCGGGUUAUUUAUUUUCGUUCUGUGCUAUUUGCCAAGAAGCGCGUGAGAUAGAAUCUCAGGGUCAAUCAUCCAACACCAGAAUUAAAACAACGCAACCGUUUAACAGUUCAGUCAGCAAUGCUGAUAGCGAACUAACAGGAGAAAGUGAAGCUUCACAAACAUGA